AUGUACUGGAAGCAUGAGAACGCCGCCCCGGCGCUGCCCGAGGGCUGCCGGCUGCCGGCCGAGGGCGGCCCCGCCACCGACCAGGUGAUGGCCCUGCCAGGGUCCGGCUGCAAAGCGACCACCCGCUGCCUCGAAGGGACCGCGCCGCCAGCCAUGGCUCAGUCGGACGCCGAGGCCCUGGCUGGCUCCCUGGACAAGGACGAAGGGCGGGCCUCCCCGUGCACGCCUAGCACGCCGUCGGUCUGCUCGCCGCCCUCGGCCGCCUCCUCCGUGCCGUCGGCGGGCAAGAACAUCUGCUCCAGCUGCGGCCUCGAGAUCCUAGACCGGUAUCUGCUCAAGGUCAACAACCUCAUCUGGCACGUGCGGUGCCUCGAGUGCUCCGUGUGUCGCACGUCGCUGAGGCAGCAGAACAGCUGCUACAUCAAGAACAAGGAAAUCUUCUGCAAGAUGGACUACUUCAG